GGGCCUCCCGACUGCUUCGACCGUAUUCGGAGAGGGAAAUUCACAUAACUGGUUGGACGGAAUUAAUUGCACAGGGCAUGAAGUUUCUCUAUUGCAAUGUUCAAAAUCAGUCAUAGGAGCAAACAGUCACAUUUCUGGGCGGAAUGCCGGUGUCAUUUGUUAUCCUUCUACAGGUGUUAUAAUCAGGAUUGUUAACGGGAGCUCUGCACAAGAGGGUCGGAUAGAAGUUUUGAUAAAUGGUCAAUGGAGAAGUGUUUGCGACGGAUAUUGGGACAGAAGGGAAGCUGAUGUGACUUGUAAAGUUUUGGGAUAUUCAGGAGGUCUCCCAGCUCAUUCGUCCGCAUUUGGAGGGGGUGAUAAAGAUGUGUGGUUGGAUGGCCUCAAUUGUAAUGGAAAAGAAAGCUCCUUGUUAGAGUGUUCUCAUUCUGUAGUUGGAUCUAGUAGCUGCGGCUAUAGUAAUAGGGCCGGAGUCGUAUGUUACCAUGCAAGGAAUGAUUCAGUAAGAAUUGUAAAUGGAAGUUCUCAAUAUGAAGGCAGAGUUGAAGUUCUAAUAAAUGAUGAAUGGCGAACCUUGUGUGACCGAUAUUGGGAUAAAAAUGAUGCUGCUGUGACUUGUAAAAGUUUAGGAUAUUCAAGGGGUCUCCCGGCCUUCUCUUCAUUGUUUGGAGAAGGAAACAAAGAGACUUGGUGGUUGGACAGAAUUUAUUGUAAUGGAUAUGAAAAUUCCUUGGUGGAGUGUCAACAAUCCGUAAUUAGCUCCAAAACUUGUAAUUACGAUAGAAACGCCGGAGUUGUUUGUCUCAGCACAGGAUUUGAUGUUAUCAGAAUUGCUAAUGGUAGCUCUUUCCAUGAGGGUCGUGUGGAAGUUUUCAUUAAUGGCAAAUGGCGCACUAUUUGCAGCAGGAAUUGGAACAAAGCUGAUGCCAAUGUGGCUUGUAGAAGUUUAGGAUACAAAGGAGGACUCCCAGUAACUUCACCUGUGUUGAGUGAGGAAAAGGACAAUUUAUGGAUGUUGGGCGAUGCAUCUUGUUCCGGAAGCGAAUCGUCUUUGUCAGAAUGUCGAAUAUCAGUGAUAAAACCCAGUCAAUGUAUUAAUGAUGGACAAGCCGGAGUCGUUUGUCAGCAAAAAAAUGAAGAUUCAGUUAGAAUUGUGAACGGUAGCUAUGAAUAUGAAGGACGGGUUGAUGUUUUAGUUAAUAGCGAAUGGCAUACAGUAUGUAACAGCGGUUGGGACAAAAAUGAAGCGGGAGUGGUUUGUAGAAACUUAAAAUAUUCAAGAGGUUUGCCGGCUUCGUUGUCAAAGUUUGGACAAGUAAACGGACAAAUGCAGAUGUUGCGUGUUUAUUGUAAUGGACGUGAAACUUCUUUCUUAGAAUGUCAACUCUCAGUAGUUCAAUCAAGCAGCUGUAUUGAUGACGGAUACGCUGGAGUCGUUUGUUACCAGGCACUAAACGAUUCGGUAAGAAUCGUAAAUGGAAGCUCUCCAGAUGAGGGCCAAGUAGAGGUCUAUAUUAACGAUCAUUGGCAGAGUGUAUGUGACAUAGGUUGGGACAAAAGAGAAGCUGAGGUCGUCUGUAAAAGCAUUGGGUAUUCAGGAGGUGUACCUGCUCCUUCAUCUACGUUUGGAGAAAAGAACAAUCAAGUAUGGAUGUUGGGUGAUGUUUACUGUUAUGGAAGUGAAACCUCUUUGUUUGAAUGUCGGCUGUCAGUAGUUGAUCCCAGCAACUGUGUUAAUGGCGGACAUGCCGCAGUCUUAUGCUAUCACUCAGGAAAUGAUACGGUAAGAAUCGUUAAUGGAACCUCGGAAAAAGAAGGUCGAGUAGAGGUUUUGAUGAAUGGUGAAUGGCUCAGUAUAUGUGACAGUGGUUGGGACAAACGUGAAGCCGAUGUGACUUGCAGAAGAAUAGGGUAUUCCGGAGGCCUGCCUGCUCUGUCGUCUUUGUUCGGAGAACAAAGUGGACAAACUCGCAUUUUGGGGGAUGUUUACUGUAACGGAGGUGAAACGUCUUUACUAGGAUGUAGACUCUCAGUCAUUGAAUCAAGCAGUUGUACAAAUGGCGGACGUGCUGGAGUCAUCUGUUAUGACAAAGGAAAUGACACGGCAAGAAUUACAAAUGGUAGCUCAGUAGAUGAAGGUCGAGCAGAGCUUUUGUUUAACGGCGAAUGGCGAAGUGUUUGUGACAGUGGAUGGGACAAACGUGAAGCCGGUGUCCUUUGUAAAAGUUUGGGAUAUUCAGGAGGUCUCCCGGCAGUAUCAUCUAUGUUUGGAGAAGGAAGCAAACGCAAAUGGAUGUUCAGUAAUUUUAACUGUUACGGAGGUGAAACCUCCUUGUUCAAGUGUGGACUAUCAAUAAUUGAAGCCAGUAGCUGUGUUAAUGACGGACACGCAGGUGUUGUUUGUUACCACUCAGGAAACGAUUCGGUGAGAAUGGUUAAUGGAAGCUCUAUGCAUGAAGGCCGGGUCGAAAUAUAUCUAGGAGGGCAAUGGCAUAGUGUAUGUGACAGUGGAUGGGACAGACGGGAAGCUGACGUGACUUGUAGGAGCAUUGGAUAUUCCGG